AUGGCUGGCCAGAAUACUUUUGCGUCGUCGUCGGCGCUGCACUUGAGCUUCCCGCCUGCUGCUUCGGGUGUGUUCCAUUCGCGCUCGAUUACUGGUGUCAAGGUUCAUCCUGUGGCUCUCUUUUCAAUCCUCGACCAUUUCCUUCGCCGCGAUGCUUCACAACCUCGCGUGAUCGGUACCCUGCUCGGUACACGAAGCGAGAAUGAGGUGGAAAUUCGCAACUGCUUUGCAGUGCCACACAGUGAAAGCCAAGACCCUUGGCAGAUCCACCUUGAUGCCGAGCACCACCGCCGCAUGCUUGACCUUCACCUGCGUGUGUCGCCUGAAGAGGUUGUUCUGGGCUGGUACUCGACCAACCCGGACCUGAACGCGAACAGUGCCCUUAUUCAAGACCACUACUCGCGCGAGACAGCGCCACACCAAGCGAUCCACUUGACGCUCAAUACCAAUGUGGCUGAUGAGAAAAAUGGCCUCGGCGUGCAGUGCUAUGUGAGUGCUCUGCUUGGCGCGACAUGGAAGCCCGAGGACUGUGUCUUCAUAUCUCUUCCUACUACGCUACUUACGUCGAGCCCAGAGCAGACGGCGCUGUGUUUCCUUAGCCAGGAAAAGCCCGAGGUGCUGACGGAUCUCGAUGCACUAAAGGCAUCGCUGGAGCAGGUGCAGGCGCAGUUAGAACGCGUGCUUACAUAUGUGCGCAAGGUGCUCUCUGGUGAGAUCGAAGGUGACAAGGCUGUGGGCAGGUACCUGAGCGACACUAUCAGUGUGGUACCCGCAGGACUGAAGGGCGACGAGCUCAAUGCCUUGUUCAACUCUCAUCUCCAGGAUGUGUUUAUGGUGUCGUACCUGGCGAAUAUGGUCAGCACACAGGCCGACAUGUCGGCGCGCCUCGCGCUGCUCCAAUAG